AUGCCUCCUCUCCUCCUCCCCUAGCUAGCUUGGCUACUCCCCCAGUCCUACCAUACUCAAUCGCCGCCUCGCCCGUUCUUAACCUGCGUCGUGCCCACCUGUAACCAACCGCAAAGCUAGCUCCUUAAGAAAGCAAGGCUACUAAUCGCGCGCGCUAGCUCCCUGCUAGUCCGACCCUGCUGCGAGCAGCUAGCGCUGACCGUGUGAUCGGCCAGCGCCCGGCGGCCGGCCGGCCUGCAGCGUGCGCCGUGCGGUGCGGAUGGAGGCGCCGCCGCCGCCGCCGUCGUCGCGGAGCGCGCUGCGGCACAGGCUGCGCGCCACGGUGUGCUGCUGCUUCGGCAGCGGCGGCGGUGGCCUCGGCGAGCGGAUGCGGUGGCGCCGGCGCGCGGGCGUCGGGGAGUUCCGCUACGACCCGCUCAGCUACGCGCUCAACUUCGACGAGGGCGACCUCCUCGACGCCGACGCCGACGACGACCUGUACGAAGCCCACGCCGGGCGCGGCGACGGCACGCUCUACCAGAGCUUCUCGUCGCGCCUGCCCACGCCAGCGGCGGCCAUCGAGGUCGCGUAGCCGGCCGGCGCCUGGCUGCUGGUAUGGAAUCGAUCGAUCGGGAGUCUGAGAGGUCAUGCUGCUGGAUACAUACGUUUUGUUCGCUACUGCUGCUGUUGAUCAGUGUGCAGAUGUUCGCGUCCGUCCAUCAGAUUUUGCUGUAUUUGUACAUGCAUGCGUUGCAGAAUUGCGAGUACUGGAUACUAGUACUAGGUCGAUCAAGAAUAUAUAGGAAUUCUUGGUGUUAUGUUACUGUGUAAAAAUUUAGCUCCACAUGUGCUGGACUAUAAAUUCAUGCGUACUCCUACUAUCGGUUUUGGAAGAAUUUGUCAGGAAAAUUCCCCUUUUCAAA